AUGUCUGCGUGGGACACUGAGACCGUCAAGAUCGGCAAGAACGUCAGCCGCGGCGGUGGCGCCGCCCGCGAGACGGUCGUGCGCGGUCAGUCGGCUCUCAACGCAGCGCGGCGGACGGGUGCCGCCAUCACCACGGAGAAGAAGUUUGCCACAGGCAAUGCGUCCAGCGGCGUCGAGGGGCAGCGGCUGACCAUGGUGGACCGGUCGGACGACAUCGUCAAGCCCAAGACGGUCGGGGUGGAGGUGGGCAAGGCGAUCCAGAAGGCGCGGGCCGAGUUCGAGCAGGCCAACGGCAACAAGGGCCUGACGCAGAAGGAGCUGGCCACCAAGUGCAACACGACGCCCACCAUCGUCGCCAGCUUCGAGCGCGGCGACGCCACCCCGGACCAGAAGGUGCUCGCCGCCAUGGAGCGCGUGCUCAACGUCAAGCUGCGCGGCUCCGACAUCGGCAAGCCCAAGUUUGAGCGCAAGGCUAAGAAAUAA